CGCAAAUGCUACUAGCGCUGGGUUUGAAUGGCUUCCAAUUUUCAUGAUAUGUCUGACAUACAAUGUGUUGAUCAGAAAAGCAGUGGCAGCGAUAGUAGCAGUACAGGGGAAGAAGAAAGACUGAGACAAUUGUUCCUAAGCUGUGAUUCAAAUAAUGAUGGGUGCUUAGAUUGUGAAGACUUAUACAAUAUGUGUAAGAAACUAAACAUGGCAGAAUGUGCCGAGGAAAUUAUAAACACACUUGGCGCUAACACUAAAGGGUGCAUUACAUUUGAUGAGUUCCUUAGCUGUCGAGAAAAAGUUUUUCAGAUGCAAACUGAAGCGGAUAAUAUAUAUUUCUCAAGAUCUGGUUUACCACAUCAUCUAAAUUAUAAGCAACCUGGAUUUAGUUGGCCUGUUUACACAACUGGUAAAUUGCAUACAGAGGUUAAAAAUAAUGGGCAAGAAGUGAAUGAAAACUCUGUUCGCAAAAUGAACGAAAAUGUCAAUCUUGAGAGUUCUGCCAGCGAAACCAGCCUUGUUAACUCAGGCGCAGAAUAUGAUUCUGGAGCUCAAGAUCUUUGUGGUGAACCGCAAAGUUUACACUUGUUAAUGCAACGUGAUUUCCCUGAUUUAUAUAAAAUUAUAUUUCCAUUACCUUUGAAUUCAAUAAGAAAUAAUUUUGAAAAUGAUACAAUGACAAAUGAAUUCGAUUUAUUAUCUGUCACUAAUAUGGAUAAUUCUACAAAAGACUUACAGAAUCAAAAACGGACUAAUGCAAUCAAUAUUCAGCCUGUAGAUAAAUUAAGUAAUUUGCCAAGGCACAUAGAAGCAGAAUCAUUUGGUAUAAAAUCAAAAGAAGUUGAGUCAAAUCACUUUUUAGAUAAUGUUCGACAUUUAUUUGAAUGUGCGAAUACUCUACAUGUACAACGGACGGCUCAAUUACGUUCCGAAAUUCGUGAUCUAUCUCACAGACUACAAGGGUUACAGACAAGUCGAGAUAUGAAUUAUCGUGAAGUACAACGUUUACAACGUGAAAAAGAACAAUUACGCAAUGAAUUAACUAAUCAAGUAUCACGUUAUGAAGAUCGUUUAACUGAAUUACAUAGUGUUAUUGCAGAAUUACGACGUCGUUUAGAACAUUCAGAAUCAAAUAUUAUACAUGAAGUAGAAGAGUUUGAAGAAAACGAUGGCGAUGAUGAUGAUAAUGAUAAUGAUGAAGUAAAUGAUAAUAAUGUAUUGAUUAAUUAUAAAUCAGAUAGAAAAUCAAGAAACUCAAAAUUAUCAUUAUUAAAUACAUUCAAUACUAAUAAUAUCAAUGAUUAUUCAACGAAUCAAUAUGAAUUGGAUAAAGAAAUUAGUGGAAAUAGUGAUACGUCAGUUGAUGUUAUAAUGGAUGGUGAUGAUGAUGAUGAUAAUGUUGAAGAUGUUGUUAGUCCAUCAAAUGAUACUACCAAUGAUAGAUUAAAUAAAUCUAUUGGAAUUGUAAGACAUUAUCAACAGUCACAACCAACUUCACAUAAAUUUUUAAUGCAAACAGCAAAUCUUACCUAUGAUCGAUUGGAUCAGAAUCAUGAACUAGCUUGUCUAGUUAGUAACAAUAAUAAUAAUAAUGUGAAUACGGAGGGAGUAUCUAAAAAUUAUAACCAUGAUCUUUGUAUAAAAUAUGAAACAAUUUUAUCACAUAUGCAAGCUCAAUUAACAUGUGUCAUUGAAGAACGAGAUAUGUUAGCUAAUCAAUUAAAUGAGUUGACUGAAACUAAUAAAUCAUUACUUCCUAAUUCCACAAUACAAACAUCGACAAUAGUCACUGAAAGUGUUUCAUCAUCUUUACCAGUAUCGACACCAACAGUAUCAACAAUAUCAGAAAUAGUAGGAUUAAAAUCAUGUUCUAUAUCACAUCCAAUUAUGGGUUUAAAUCGAUCUGUUCAAAUGAAAUCCAAUAAUAAUGAUAAUAGUAAUUUAUCAUAUCCUCCAACAUCCUCUCGUCCAACUCCUUCAACAACAGGAUUUUCAGUAUCUAAACAACAAACAAAUGUAGAUAACAAUAUUGUUAACCAAUUACAUAAGACUAUUUCGUCUGAACAUUUAAAUUAUAACCAAGUAACUAGUACAACAACAACAACAACAACAACAACAAAAUCAUCAAUAGCAACAUUCACAACAAAUACAACAAUGACAACACAAAUAAAUUCGAAUGUUUAUGAUUUACCUGAACCAGAAUGGAUUACAAAACUAUUGAAACAAUAUUAUGAAUAUAAUAUAACUCAUAAUAAACAAAAUAUUCCAUGUAGUUUAUUUGGUAAUGAAUUAUAUUCACCUACAACAACAACAACAACAAAUGCUACUAAUGAUGGUGUUGGCCGUACUGGUACCGCUACCGGUACCGGUACCAAUCAUAGUGCCAAUAAUCUUAACUAUUGUACUAAUAUCACAGGAAUAUUACCAUUUGAUUUUGAACAAUUUUUAUUUGAUCAAUUCGAUUAUGAAGAAUUAUGUACAGAUUCAAUGAAUAUACCUAUUCAAUUUACACCAAAUACAUUAAUGUUAUUUUUAAUUAGUUUAGCUAAUUUCACUCCAUAUACACGUUUAUCUGAUAUAGCUAAAUGUGCUCAAUUAACAUUAUAUCGUUUAUUAACUAGAUUAGUACGUUAUCAAACUGAUUGUUUAGUAUUACAAGCUAAUUUAACUGAAAUUAAAUUAAAUGCUGAUCAAAUGCAAUGUCAAUUAAAUCAAAUUGAAUCAAAUUAUUCAAUUAUGAAUCGAGCGAUACAAAUAUCUGAAUCUGCAUUAGAAAUUAGUGAUUGUUUAAAUCAGUUAUAUUCCACGGAAUUAGCUGUCACUAUAUUCCGUCAAUCACAAAAUAAUCAAAUGUUAAAGCAUCCAUUCUCAACAAUAUCAUCGUCUACAUCAUCUUCAUCAUUUCAUGGUCAUAGUAAAUCAUCUCAAUUACAUCAAUCACAACAUCAUCAACAAUUGAAAAGAUAUAAUAAUUCACAACAGAUUUCUGUUACCACAUCACCAUAUCAAUUGUAUUCUUCAAUUGGUUCUUCGGAAGAACAUGAUUUAUUAAAUAAUGCAACCAAUACUACCAAUAACACAACUGCUGGAGUUGGACAACAACAACAGAUCUUUUCAAUGAAUCAUUUCAAUUUGCAUAAUUUGAAAUCAUUGAGACAACAAGUUGAAUUUCUAGCUUAUACCAUAUUAGAUAAAUAUGAAACAUCAGAUGGUGGUUAUGAAAAAAUUCUCCCAACAUCUUUAUCUAAUUUAACAAAUAUCAAUAUGACAACAACUUCAGUUAAUGGUAAUGUAUCUACUGUAAAUAGUACUAAUUUAUCUCAAUUACAUUGUUAUCAACAUAUUCAACAUUCUUCUCAAUCACCUAUAAGUCCUGGUCUUUGUUCUAUGCAAUCUGUGAUUACAUCCUCUAAUAGUUUAUUAGAUAAUAGUAAUACUACUAAUAACAAUAAUAGUAAUAGUGUUUAUGCCAAUUCAUGGUAUGUUAGUUUAAAUCGAAACAAAUUAAAUACGAUACAAUGUUUACCAAAUGAAAUGAAUGAACAUUUACAUGGACAACAAUCAUUAAUGAAUCCUAAUCAAUUACCUUCUAUAUCAUUGAAUUCAACAAUUGGUUCCAAUCCAUCAAUAACUUAUCAACAACGACAAUAUAAUCAUGUACGAUUAAAUAAUAAUUUACAAUUAAUAAAUCCUCAAUUACGUUCAUUUGUUAAAGGAAAUACAAAUCGAAAUAUAAAUGAAAAUGGUUUAAAUGGAAGUGGUGAUGGUUUUGGUUGGGAAACUCCAGAUUCCGGUGCUGGAAGUAGUAGUAUCAAUGAAAUAUCAUCACAACAUCAUCCUCAUCAACAACAACACCAACGACAACAAUCCGGUUAUUUAUUGAAUCCAUCAUCAUUAUUCUUAUCUUCUUCAACAUCUUCUUUAUUAUUUGGACAUUAUUAUCAAACUUAUGGUGAAAUCAUUCAAAAUAAUACUACUAAUAAAGUAAAUAAUCAAUCAGAUUUAUUCAUAUUCAAUACAUUAUUAGAUAAUCUUCCACCAUUAUGGACAUUAUUUACAAAAACAUCAACAUCUUUUUAUGAAUCCGAUUUAGAUUCAUCAGAUUCAUCUGAUCUACCAGGAAAUAUUAUUAAAACUACUGAUUUAUCAAAACAUAUUACCCCUCCUCCUCUUCCUCCACAUCAUCACCAUCAGCAACAACAACAUCAUAGUAGUAUGAAUGGUCAGUUAAUAUCUCAACUACCUCCUAUUUCAUCAUCACAACAAUUAUCUAAUUGGUCUAGAUUAGAAGAACGUAAACUACGUACAAUUUAUUAUCAAUUAAUUCAUACAUAUAAACGUUUACAAUCCAUGUUAAUUGAUAUGCCUAAUACAUAUCAAUUGGUUAUACCAAAUGAUAGAAAUGAAAUUGGAGAGAAGACAAAAACUACAAAUGAUGUCAUUGAUCAUGAUCAAAAUAUAUCAACAACAAGAUUUGUAUCAGUUGGUUCAACACAGCAACAGAUGAAUUUGGAUCAACAAAAUUCGAUUACAAUGAAUUCAUUACGUAACUUACCAUUGGCUGUAUUUUUGGAAAAUUCAGUUCUAUUACAAGAAUUAUGUUGUAUUAAAGAAGAAUGUGCUGAUCUUAAAAUUCGUGUAUAUUUACUUGAAAAAGAAUUACGUGCUAAUCGUUUAACAUUAGAUAGUCGUACUGUUGCUGAACGUGCAUUACGUGCUCAUCUUGAUGCAUUAAUUAUUGAACAAAAUAAUCAAUAUUCAAUAUUAAAUGAUAAUAAGUUAAAAUUAUCACAAACAACAACAAUGGCGACGUCGACGACGACGACGACAACAGCAACAACAACAACAGGAACAGGAAUAACAACAACACUAACCAAUCAAUCUAUACAGAAUAUUAAUCAAAAUGAAAUAGUUUUAUUAAGAGGUCAAGUCAAGAAUUUAUUACAAGCUCUUGAAGCAUUACGUAGUAGUACAGAAAUACAACAAAUACAAAGUGAAGAAUUAGUGAAUGAUUUAAAACGUGCUAAUAGUGCAUUAAUUAAAGCAUUUGAUAAAAUAAAACAUAAAUUUACAACACGUAUUAAAAAAUUAGAAGAUCAAUUAAAUUCUAUGCAUUCUAUUCCUUCAUCCACAUGUUCUACAUCAUGUCAUACUACUACUAAUACUACUAAUACUACUACUACUAGUUGUAGUAGUACAACUACUACUCAUCACAAUUAUUUAAGUAAUACAUUCAAAGGAUGUAUGAUAGAACAUCAUAAUAUUAAUGAAAUAUCAAAAGCAUCUAUUAUAUUAAAUGAUAUGAAUAAUGUAAAUAUAAAUUCUCAAAUUCAUCCCAUUUAUCCUGUGCAAAGUGCUUUACAACAACAACCUGUAAUAACAACAUCAACAUAUUCAUUGAAUAUACCUUCAAUAAUUGAUUGUAAUCGUAAUUUAUCAUCAAUACCAACAUCUCAUAUCCCUCCUAUUCCUCAACAUCAACAUCAACAACAUCCACUGCAUCAUCAACAGGAUCAUCAUUAUUAUCCACAAAUUAAACAACAACCUAUGACAUUGAAUACAUCUCAAUUGAGAACAACACCACUUUCAACUAAUUCAUUAUCACAACAGUUUUCAAAUUUAAAACAUUUUCCUACUCAUUGAAAUAUCAUUCAAUUCUUGUUUUCAGUUCAUUGUAUAUAUAUAGGUCAUCAAUCAAAUCAGUAAAGCUAACUUUUUCCCUCCUCCUCCUUCUCCUCCUCCUCCUCCUCCUCCUUCUUCUUCUUCUUCUUCUUCUUCUUCUUCUCCACCGCGACCACGACCACCACCCCCUCCUUCUCCUCCUCCUCCUCCUCCUGCUACUAUUACUACUACUACUACUCCAAAUUUUUAUACGAUUCUUGUUUCCCUUCUUUCUUUCUUUUUUUGUAUGUGAAUACUUAGCAACAAUAACAAUUCAGAUAGUUAUAUUAUCUCUUGUUUCCUUUCUUCUUUUUUUCAUAUUUUCCGCGGUUUGUUUUAUUUUAGCGGGAAAUGAUAUUUUAACCGAUACUCUCUCUCUCUCUCUAUAUAUAUAUAUAUAUAUAUAUAUAUUCAAACAAGAAUAAUGUGGUGUUUUUACUGCUGAACUACUCUUUUAUUCAAUAUAUAUUUAUAUUUAUAUACUACUCAUUGUACUACUUAUAUAUCCAUUACAUACAUUAAAUGAUCCGUGAUGAUUUUCAAUAUGCCUUAUGAGGAUAAGAUUUAUCAUUUUCAUAUAUUGAUUAAUUGAUUUAAAUCAUUAAAAGGAAUAGAAUAUGAUUUAUGCUUUUGAUUUGCAUUUUGUUGUUGUUGUUGUUGCUGUGGUAGUUCUUUCAUAUUGUACUCAUUCUAACUAAUCAAUAUGUUAUGAUGGUGAUCAUGCAUUUGUUCUUAUCUUUUCUUUUUCCUCCUCUCUCUCUCUUUAUCUCUCUUAGAAACAAAACAAAAUAGGAAAUAAUCAGAGAAAGCGGGGAUAUUGUGGAUAGAGAUUUAUGUUAGUAUUAAUAGUUGAAAUUUUAUAAGUCAAUUAAAGUUAGACCAUCAUCAUAAAAAAAAAUAUGAACGUAUUAGAUGAUCGUUUCGUUUUAGUCAACAGGAUGAAACAGCCAUUCAAUGUUAUCAGGUUUUCUAUACUGAUCUAACUUCAAUUGAUUCAUAAAAAUUCAAUUAUUAAAACAAAGAAAUGAUGGCAUCUUUGAUAUCUUCUUUUCUUUACCUCUUCUUGAUUAAACCUUCUAUCCCACUUACAUCUAUAUAUUAUACAUAUGAAUCUGGUGUUCAUCUCGUUGUACUCAUGAGAUAUAACAACUUGAAUCAAUACCCUGAUCCUAGAUGGUAACUGAUUGAUGAUUGACUGAUCAGUUACAUAAUCAUAUUAUAGAUCAAUAUAGAAAGUGUUUGAAAUGAUUUCUCAGUAUUGUUUAUUUCAUUGUUAUCAUUCUUUUAUUCUUUCUCUUUUCUUAUAUAUAUAUAUACUACUGAAUUACUUAUUUUGAUUUGCACAUAUUCAAACACAUGCAUAUACAUAUAUAUAAUGUAAAUUUCUUCAUUAGUAAUUUUGUAUGAACAAGGAGUUUAUAGAUAAACAAUCAUAUUACUUAUUUGGGUGACUUCCUUUUUUUC